UGCCAGGCCAGGAUAUGGUCGAGAUUCUUCGAGGGAGUUAGACACGUUGGUUGAAGUUCAAUGUUCGAAAUAUUAGUCAUUCUCGUCUGGAGUGUUGAAGGUGUUGAUAUUACAUAUAACCAAUUUAGUAACAAAACAAAACGGACUUUACCUCAGCAUUCAUUCAACUAUGGAGAGACAAAACCUAUUUUGGUGUACAGAGAAAGUUAUGUUCCACCUGUCUUCCUCAGUGAUGAUUAUAGUAAUUUAAAAUCGGAAUAUAAACAUCCAGUAGCUAUAGACUUACCUGAAUCGGUUAAAUUCUAUCGUCCUCAGCAUCCACCUCAACAGAUGAUUUACGAAUUUCCCAAACUAUUAUCUAAUGGUCAAGUUUUUAAUAGAGACAAUCAAUUAGGGCAUUACAAAGAACAAUCGUUAAUAGGCAGUAAAAACUUUGCACCAUCUGAAUCGGUGGUUUUACCUGUAGAACAAAGAGAACCUGACGUAAUCGUGCCUCAUCAUUCCACCGGCUAUCCUACUGCCAAUGUUAGAUAUAAAUUAGUUCCAUUUAGAAAACAUAUCGCAGAUGGAAAUGAAAAGAUAAAUUAUGCAUUAUAUAAUUCUCUACAGGCACCUUUUUAUCAUUCUCCUUACGUUAAUCAACAUACGUAUCAGCCACAAGUAAAUCCAAUACCUCUAUUUCCAAAUCAAUACAAUUCACAACAUCAAAAGGCUCAGAGUGUACCUAAUGUCAGUUACGUUAAUCACCACUACAAACCAAGGAAACAAAAUUUAAAUGGUCCCAAAUAUAUCCCAACUCUCCAUGGUAGAAAUAAUGUGCACAGAAAACCUUUACAAAUGAAUCACCCCUCAUUAAAACCAUCUUAUAAAAAAGAUGAAAAUAUUGCGCCCAAAAACCAGGAGGAAGAACUAGCAACAAAAGAGACACGAAAAAUCGAAGAUAGUAAUGAUAACAAAUCGGAUAGUGAGGACGAAGAAAACGAACAAGAUCCUCGUUACCACAAACAUCCUUUCGAUUUUGAGGAGAGUGACCAUUUCGAUUAUAAAGACUUAAAAGAUCUCACAGAUGAAGAGUACGAUCAAGACAAUAAAAGAAGUUCAACAGCACGCAUACCUUUAAAAAAACUUUCCAGUAAACAUACAAAAAAUGGCAAAUCAAAUGUAAAGAAUUUUUAUAAAUUUCAAAACGACGAUUACAAGCAAGAACAUUCAAAACCGAGAUCAAACAAAAGUGACACUAAAACCCCUAAAAUGAUUUACAAAUCUAUUAAUUUCGCUAAAGAGAGUGACGAAACUAACGAUGACUCUAUCGAGGCUAAACAUUCUGAGAACAUGCCUGUUAUCCGUAAACAUCGACUAUUCAGAGAAAAGUUGUACCUCUCAAAUAUAGAUGACGAAGAGAAACAAUAAUUAUUUAAAUCAUUAUUUAGAUUGACAACUAAGUGUAUGGUAGUGUGACAGUUUAUAGCCAUUAUAUGAAUCUCGAAAAAUAUUACGUUUCUUGAACGAGCAUACAACAAACAAAUGAUAUUAAAUACGUUGUAUGUACUUUACUCUACUAGCUAAACCGUAGGAAGG